GCAAAAAGACCAAAAAGCCCUUUGUUCACAAAAUCCCUAAUCAAUACAUUCACAAUACAAAUCGAAUUGUUCAGAGAAAGAAAAGAGAGAGGGAGGCGAUCGUCGUGAACCGAUCGUCGAUUGUGAAGAAGACGAAAAAGCUUGAGGUUUUGAACCGAUCGUCGUUGCCAGUACACAAUGUAAAAGAGUUUCAUCGGUGAGAAGUUGCUGUUACGGCUUCCAGUAUGGCUGCAUUUCCUUAUUUUGAUUUAAUCAUCAACUACAAAGGAAAAGUGGGAAGAGUGUUUGAUGUGGACCCAAAUAUGUAUUGCUACAUUGAUGCCUUGAAGGAUGUAACUGCAACAGUCCUGUCUCACAUUUCUUGUAGUGAAGCAAUAGCAAUCACAUUGCAUUGUGAUAUGCCUGGUACUGACAGAAGGAGAUUAGUAGAAAAUGAUCUUGAUGUGCUAGACAUGUUUUAUGUGCAAGGAAGGAGUAAAACAAUUAACUUGUAUGUAAACAUAGAAUAUUCUAUUGGAAUGAGUGAUGGUGGACAUAAAAGUAAUGUUGGAAAUGAAAAUCAUGGAGUAGAUGCUGUAGAUGUAGAGCAAGACUACCAUACUAUAGAUGUAGAUGAAGAGUACCAUCAGGACAAUGUUUAUGGGUUUAGUGAUGAGGAUAGGGAUUGGAAUGCAACUGCUGAGGAUGAAAACCAAUCAGAUGCCAAUGAGAUUUUGAGUGAUGAUGAUAAUGAGUGCUCAAGUGAUGAUGCUGAACUUAGUGAUUACCAAUCUGGUGAUGAUGAAGUGCCAUAUUCUAGUACUGAUGAUGAUUAUGAUGAUGAAGCAGACUGUCUAGAUGAUGAAGAGAUGAGGUUUCCAGGCAUGAAGUAUGAUGGUACCUACAAUGGGAAAGAGCCAUAUAUGAAUCAAGAUGGAGAAGUUGUGUUGGAAGAAGGGAUGAUUUUUCCAGAAGUGAAUACUUUUAGGGCUACAUUAAGGGACUAUACAGUGCAAACUGGUUUCAAGAUAGUAAGAGACAAAAAUGAGAAGUCUAGAGUAACAGCCCAUUGUGCUGCUGAGGGCUGCCCUUGGAGAAUUCAUGCAUCUCCACUUCCAGAUGGGAUCACCUACAAGAUUAAAACCUUAGUACCUACUCACACAUGUAGCAGGAUGAACACAAACACUGAAGCUACAUCAGCUUGGAUUGCUAAAAAAAUGGUUGAAAGUUUUAAGGACAAUCCACACAUGGGCUUAGAUACCAUGCAAAUGAAACUGAAUAAAAUGUUUGGGAUUGAGGCUUCAAGAAUGCAACUGUAUAGAGCCAAAAGGAGGUGCAAGGAGGAGCUGGAGGGUGAUCAUGGGAGCCAAUAUGUGUUGUUGCCAACAUAUGCUAGUCAAAUCAACAAAACAAACCCUGGCAGCUUGGUUGUCAUAAAUUAUGACAUACCCUCUACCCCAGUCUCAGAAGAUGGAGAACAACCAGACCCUACCAUUCCUCAAUAUCCAUUGUUCCAAAGAAUGUUCAUAUCAUUUGAUGCAAUGAAAGCAGGGUUCAUUAAUGGAUGUAGGCCAUUCAUAGGGGUAGAUGGGUGUCACUUGAAGGGUCCCUAUGGUGGUGUUUUAAUUUCAGCAGUUGCCUUGGAUGGAAAUAAUGGCUUGUUUCCAUUGGCAUUGGCAAUAGUAGAGGGUGAAUGCAAGGACAGUUGGUCUUUUUUCUUGCACAACUUGAGAACAAUCAUAGAAGAUGCACUACCUUCUAGACCAUGGACCAUCAUGUCUGAUCAACAAAAGGGCCUUGAUAAGAUUGUGAGUGACAUUAUACCGGAGGCAACUCAUAGAAGAUGUUGCAUGCACCUAUAUAACAAUUUCAGAGCCAAAUUUCCGGGUUUAAUUUUGAGGAAGCAAUUUUGGAGAGCAGCAAGGGCUUACAAUCAGAUGGAGUAUGAUAAGGCUAUGCAAGCCAUUAAGGACCUGAACAAUGAUGCUUGCAUUUGGUUGCAGAAGGUUCCAGUUGAAGGAAGGUCUAGGCAUGCAUUUGAUGGUAGGAUUAGAAGUGAUCACAUCACAAAUAACAUGACAGAGUCCUUCAACAAUUGGUUAGGAAAUUUGAGAACUCAGCCAAUUUUAACUAUGUUAGAGGGCAUAAGGUGCAAGUUGAUGGGUAAGUUUCAGAUGAGGUACCAAAAGGCAAUGCAAUGGAAAUCUAAUGUCACAUUGAAUGUGAAGAAACAGCUUGAGGUCACACAGAAAUGGUCAAGGACUUGCACAGUGGAGUAUGCAGGAGGCAAUGAGUAUGAGGUGAAGGAUAAUGAGGGGGUUAAUCACAUUGUCCAUAUUGGGGCAAUGACUUGUGUAUGUAGACAGUGGGAAAUAUCUGGUCUUCCAUGCAAGCAUGCUGUGGCUGCAAUUUCUCACAGUAGGUUAAACAUAGAAGAUUUUGUCCACCCCUACUAUUCUAAGGCAACUUACUUGAGAGCCAAUGGUGGAAUGAUACAUCCCAUCUUACACCAUAGCAUGUGGACACUUAUACCUGGGGACCCUUUACAACCCCCACCACUGAAAAGAUUGCCAGGAAGGCCAAGGACUUCAAGAAAGAGGGCUGCUCAUGAGCCACCAGCUGGAACAAGUCAGACCAAAAGGUCUAGUACCUUGAGAUGCAAAUGGUGCAUGCAAUUUGGACACAACAAGAGAACUUGCCAAAGAGGUCCAGUCAGGACAAAACAAGCAACAAAUCGAAAGAAUGAAUUUCCUCCCAUAUAUUAA